AUGUCGACCGAGCCUGCCCCAGAGCGCGAGCCAAAGCCUCGCGCCAGCUCCGUCUACUCCGUCAGCACCCAGGGCGCCGACGAGCACGGCCGCAAGGCCCGCAAGGGCUCGCGCGCAAAGCACAGCUGGGAGUAUGUCGCCGUCGAUCCCGCCGAGGACGAGGCGCCACCUCCAAACGCAAGCAGGCUGGAAAAAGAGCUCUUUAGUUCCUUCACCAACAACUUCCUUGCCGGCCAAGGACGUCGCACAAGAGCUGCCGCCCUAAAUGCUAGUCAACAUUUCCACGACCAUUCCGGCAGCGAGUCCUCGCAUUCUCACCCGGCCUCGGAGAGCGCUUUUUCCACCACUACCACCAACACUCAGGCCUCGCCUGCAAGCUCACCUGCGCCGCCGUCAGCGCCGAAUGCCAGCCGCAAGCGAAAGGAUUCUGCCGCUCCCACGUCAGAUUCGACUAGGAAAAAAUCAAAAACUUCGACUUCAGCUGCUCCCGCUACUUCCGACCCAGCCUCCAGCGGCGCGACUGCGGCCUACGCUACUUCAGCAGCAGCGACUUCACACGCCGCAUCGCCUGAGCCUCACCCAGCCCCCGCUGUCCAGCCUGCCCAAUCCGUCCAUCAGGACAAGUCUUCUGCCUUGACAUCACGUGCACCCGACGGCCAAGCCAAGGAAUCGGCCAAGCGCAAGUCGACUGUCUUCGACGACGCGACCAACAAAACCAAGGCCAACAAAAAGCUAGACUCCAAGCCCUCCCCCGCUCCCGACUCAUCUGAAAACCGCAAGCGCAAGCUCUCACCACCGCCAGAAAAGAUGGCGCCGAAGCUGAAGAAGCCCAAAACUGGCGGCACUGCCACGACCGAUAACGCUGCUGCGGCGGCAAAAUCGGCAAAGGCCGCAGCCGCCCAAAAGCGCGACUCGCUCCUCCAGGAAGACGUCUACGCCCAAGCCCUGCCGUGGACCAGCACAGCCACCCAAAACUACGCGCCCACUCACAGUAACAGCAAAGCCCUUUCCAAGCACGCGUAUCGCUACGCGUACCCACCCACGCGUGCACAGCUCGCCGAGCAGCUGGAGGAAAUCACCCACCGCGGCAUCGCCGGCGGCCCCGCUAAUUUUCCCACGCUGCGCGAGUACCGCGCCGCAUGCGCCGCUGAGGCGGCGUGGCAGGAACGCGACCAGGAAGUUGUCGAGCGGAUGCUGGAUAAUCCGCGCGUAAUUGAAGUUCUGAAGAGACUGCGGGAACUUAACGACGAGAUUGAGGCCGAGAGGAAGGGAUCGUCGAAGGGCGCAGGAAAGGGUCACGGGAAGGGCGGACGCAAGAGGAAGGUGUCGUCGGACGAUUUGAUGGAUGGGGAUUAG